AUGGAGGAAGAAGGAAGAGAGUCGCAAGGAGCGGAGCGGCACGACUUCAAGGUAGAACGGGAACGGGAAGUGCGAGAGGACGAGGACCCUCCAGUGGAAGGAGUGGAAGGGCAGAAGGGCCGCAAGGAAAGAGGCACAGGGAAGGACGAAGUCGCAAAGCGAAAAGCCUCAUCAACAUCAACCAGCGACUUGACAAGUGAUCAAUCGAUUCCCCGUCAAUUCGGACGGUCAAGCUUGGGCCAGACUGAUCGGCACUGCGGGCCAAUGGUUGCCACCAGGGGAUUUAGUCAGCUCUUGCUCUGCUCUGCUUUCUCUCGUGUCGUGUCGAGUGAUGGAUGA